GGAGGAAAUGGGGGAGGUCUGCUUCCUGAAAUAGUCUUAAAGUGAACGUUUGGUGGAAAGAUUGAAGUUUAUAAAUAGGCACCGCAUCCGUUAGCUUUUGGUUUGGCACAGCGUGGUCGAACGUUGUUGGAGUUCGUCGUUGGUUGGGUUUUAGGGGUUGUCGGGAUCAGAAUUGUUCAGACACGGCGCAUAGAGUGGAAAGGAGCGAUCUGGAGUCAUGCGCUUUGAAGAAGGAUAACGACCGACCACCAGUUUCCAAAAGGCAGCAGCAGCUACCCAAUCCCAAGCACCGAACCGGCCAGGCUGCGUCUGUUGUGUUUAUGCCGUAGCAACGCGCCUCAGUGAAAAAAAAAAGCUCCACCGGAAUACAUAAUAAACAGGCUACGCGUUUGUUUUUUUGUUUCGAAUUCUCUUUGUGUUUGAAGGUGGACGACGUCUAUGUGUUUCGUGUUUCGAUCAGCCAUAAUCAUAUAAAAUGAGCGGAUUAAGCGACGAUAAGAAGGACAUUGAGAUGGAAGAACGAGAGAAGAAAAUGAAUGACGAGAAUAAGGCACACGAUAAGAUCUCUGCAGCGGAAAAUCAAGAUACGACGGAUUGCCGAGUACAAGAAACAUGUGGAAAAAUAAAGGCCGAUAACAUCAAAGAAGUCAAGCCCAAAAAGAUCCCAACUGGAGGCAUUUUGAUGCCUGGCUUCUUCACCAGGAGCAAAUCCAAAGAGAAAUGCAAGGAUGGUGAUUCAGAAGGUCAGGCGGAGGAAGCCACUGAACUAGUUGACAAGGAGAAGGAUGAUUCUUUGAUGUCUCAAGCAAAGAUCAAGUUGCCGAAUCCAUUUAGAAAGUCCAAAUUGAUCGUCGACGAAGAUGUGGAAAAAGGUAACGAUUUGAAGGAGAAAAAGGGUAUCCAAUUGAGAUUACCUAUUGUUUCUGUAUUCUCCAAUAAGAAAAAGAAGGAUGGUGAUCUUGAGAAUCAAACAAAAGCCGGAUUGGCUUCAAUGGAAACUUUGGAUGAUGGAGAUAAGACUGCGGAUAAUAAGAAUGACGGAAUGAAAAAUAUACCAUUGGAUGACGACAAAGAUGUGGAAAAGCAAGACGAUGAACCGACAUGCGGACAAAAGAUGAAAGCUUACAGAUGUGCAAUUAGUGCCUUUUUAGUAUUCAUUUUGCUACUUAUUAUAAUAGUGGCAGUAAUACUGCCUACUGGUACAAGUACUGAUGGGGUUUUUGAAAUGAAAGAUAACAAAUUUAUUGAAACUGUUACUGGUUGCGGAAAAGUGGAAGGAAUAUUGAACGAUGGAGGUAUUGCCUUCCGAGGAAUUCCGUACGCAAGACCACCGAUAGAUGAGCUUAGAUUCCGAUCUGCUAUGCCUUUAGAUAAUAUGGAUUACUGUUGGAAUGGAACAUUUUUAGCUCACAAUGCAACUGAAUCUUGCCUUCAAAUACUCAGUAAUGGAACUACGAUUGGUGUAGAAGAUUGCCUUACUCUUGAUGUUGUUACUCCUUAUGUUCGCUACGAUUCGCCUCUUCCAGUGAUCGUGCUUAUAGGAGCUGAAAGCUUUAUUGGAGGAUCACCUGGUAAAAUGAGGCCGUCUUCAAGAUACGCUAGAUCUCGUGACGUCCUAUUCGUUCGUCCAAAUUUCCGUAUGGGUGUCUUGGGUUUCUUAGCAUUAGACGUGUUAAGUAAAGAUGUAUAUCCUCACACAAGUGGAAAUUAUGCUUUGAGCGACAUAAUGGCUGCUUUGAAAUGGGUGAAGUUAAAUAUUCAGCAUUUCGGAGGAGAUCCUAAUGCUGUUACCCUGUUUGGUCAUCAAGCAGGUGCGACUUUGGUAACUGCAUUAUCUACAAUGAAUGGAGCUGAAAAGUACUUUGCGCGCGCUUGGGCCACGUCAGGGGGUGCUCUGUAUCCUAAGAAAACAUUGGCGGAAUCAGAAAAAGAAAAUAUCAGUUUCUUGAAAGCAACUAAUUGUAAAGAUGUCGAUUGCCUCCGCGAAAUGGAACCGGAAUCUCUGAUGGAAGCAAUCGAAGAUACAUGGAGAAAACCACAACCAGAUCUGCCGAUUCAAGAUGAACACCGUCACCAAUGGAUGGUACUGGAUGGAAAGAUUUUGAAAGAAGAUCCAUCUGAAGUUUGGUCCAACGAACAAGGUUUGCCAGUGAAACUGGUGUUAGGCUCAACCGCGCAUUCCGCUGCUUCAUCUAAACUGUUAAUGAAGCACAAAGUGUGGGGCGAGGAUUUGAUUUCGUAUCACGUGAGAAACUCCGGUUUGGGUAAACUGAACCUGUCCGAAGAGGCACUUGAAAUGUAUCCAAAAACCUACAAAGGUUUAAGUCAAAUGAUAUCGGAUAUUCGUAAAGUUUGUCCAUUAUUAGAAAUUACCUCCCAGAUGCAUAACACCACUUUCUACAUUGUGACUCAGACCCGAGGAGAGCAGAACAUUUCAGACGCUGAUUCCGACGUGGAUGCUAUUUUGGGAAGAUACGAACCGAAGACUCCGGAACAGCGCAGGUAUGUCUCUGCGAUUCAACAGCUAUUCUACCAUUUCGUGUGGCAUGGAAAAGUACAAACCGAAUCUCCGAACAACAAAGUCUUGGUGGUCGGACAAGACGUUUUGCCAGCUCAAAAUUACUCGCACUGCGAUUAUUGGAAGACAAAGAACGUUUUGAAUUUUGCACAAUUAGAUUAAAUUUUAUUAAACGUGGAGAUUGGAAUUCCAAGUGCUGUGUCAAAAUAUAAUUAAACAAUGCAUACUACUACUUUGAUGACACCAAUAUUUACUCAUGUGAAGAUUAAAACACAUUUUGCCGCUAAAUAGGAUUAAUUUUUCCGAUUGGAUGACAACUUCGAUUUUGUAUUUAAAGAUUAAUUUGAUUUAUCUACAAAAUUUGUGAUAGAAUUUCAUUUUUUUUUUGUUUGUUUUGUGAUGAGGAGAGAAAAGAUUACGAUUGUUUUAUUUAUUGUAUAAAUUAAUAUUUCAUUUAGAUUUUAAGAUCUUUAAUUUAUGACAUAUCACAUUGUUUAUUUUCAUUUGAGUAUUCUUUAUUUAUAUAAGACUUUAUUUUAAUUGGAAGACUGCCAGACGAUGCUUUUGUACUGAUUUUUACGUAGUCUUUAGUUCCGUGUGACGAUAUAUAAUACUAUAAUAAUGCUAUUUGCACAUUAUACAACUUUUUCUUUUUUUUGAUCUCCAUUUUGUAAAUAUUGAUAAUGUCUAAACGGCUACUAAUAGAUUAAGUAUUAUUUAAGGACGGAAUAUUGUAUCUUUCUGUAUUAGUGUAUUGUUAGUUUACAAUCUUAUAUAAAGAAGUGAAGUGAAAAAAAAAAUAUUAAUAACAAUGAAACUGAAUAAUUAUUGUACAAAAAGCUGCGAUUACAUUAUUUAUGCCAAAAUGUAAGAAUAUUUUCAUAUAUUCUCUUAUAUAAUGUGGAUAUUACAUGAAAAAAUGUGUAUUUUCAAUAAUAUCUUAACUCUUUUUGCGGAACUUGUUUUUUAUACAACUAUAUACAUUCAACUGAACAAGAAAUAUUUUGUAUGUAGUUUUCC